AUGGAGAGACGUUUCGCUCACGAGCCUACUUUCGGAAGAAAAUACGAGGACUUCAUGCGCGAAUACGAGUCUCUUGGCCACAUGGGCACGGCUCUCCCUCUCGAGCGUCAAGGACACAACAAGCGAUGUUUCCUGCCGCAUCAUGGCGUUUUUCGCGAGUCCGGAGGCACUAAAAAGCUGCGCGUGGUGUUCGAUGGGUCGCAUCGCACAAGUGACGGUUACGCAUUGAACGAUUUCCUCAGGAUUCUGCUGCAUUCGGACGAUCGCGGCCUUCAGAGGAUUUUGUGGUGUGCCGAUGGUGAGGUGAAAGCGUAUCGGUUGCACAGCGUUACUUACGGCCUAGCGUCCGCGCCAUUCCUCGCUAUCCGCAAGUUACAACAGCUGGCCACUGAUGAAGAGACGAGGUUUCCGCUUGGGGCUCGUGUGUUGCGAGAGGAUGUCUACAUGGACAAUAUCCUCACAGGGGCCCCGUCGAUUCCUACUGCUCUAGCUCUACGGCAACAGCUCGAGAAUGUUUGUCGAGCUGGAGGCUUCCCGUUGAGGAAGUGGAUCGCCAAUAGCGAAUUUAUUUGGGCCGGUAUCCCGUUCAAUUACCGAGCUGACGGUGAGCAGUUCGAGCUGCUUACGCGAGAAUUCAGCCACGCCAGCCUCGGACUGAUGUGGAGACCGCUCGUUAACGAAUUCUCUUUCACCAUCCGCUCGUUGGGAGAGAGCGCCAUGACCAGGCGGGGCGUUCUCUCUCAAGCCGCUCAGCUUUUUGACCCUUUGGGAUGGAUGGCGCCCGUGACUAUACGGGCGAAGUGCCUAAUAAAAGCAACCUGGUGCCUGCGCAUUAGUUGGGGCUCUCCUUUGCCGGACGAGGAUGUCAGCGCUUGGAGGACUUUUUACGAGGAGCUCCCCCUCCUGCGGCAAGUAAGUCUGCCGCGCUGGAACGGGCUCGAUCGCCCGGGUAGCGAAGCGGAGCUCCACGAAUUUGCCGACGCCUCUGAGCUGGCGUACGCAGCGAUGCUCUAUUUGAGGACCGCCCUGGAUAACGACGUCAGGGUCUCGUUGCUGUGUGCCCGGACGAGGGUAGCUACUCUCCGACAGGUGUCCUUGCCGAGGCUGGAGUUGUGCGCCGCUACCCUACUUGUAAGAUUUGCGUCUCAUGCCGUUUCCAUUUGUAAGCUGCGUCCUUUCGCUGUGGUCGGAUUCAACAGUGGCCUUAAGUUGGAUCCGAAGUCACCCGCGGAGCUGAACCACCUUCGUGGCCAACAGAGUGGCUGA